UUCUUCACUUGUACCAUAUAUUAUUUAGCUGAGAAGAUUUUUCCCAAACCUUCCUUUUUAACUCUUGGAUGAAAAUUCCGUAUAAUAACUCUUGCAUUCAUAUAUUCAUGAAGUACCAUAUCCUUUUCGUUUGCAAUACUCAUCGAUAGAGAAGAAUCCCCCCUCAGCCUCCGUAGCUAUAUAACAGCAAGAUAGUAGAAUUUUUUUUUUCUUUUUUUCAUUGCAUAGCCACCAACCCUUUUAUUUCUAUACUUUGAUUGAGCCUUGUUCUAGUGUUUCUUGGCCGAAAAACAAGAUUUUGUUUGUGGGAUUUUCUUUUCUUUUCGCUUCUCAUUAUGCUGUCAAGAUCUUGUUUCAAUCUUCUCAAUCUUGAAGAUUAUUCACGUGCUGCUGAUCGGACUAGAUUACCAAGAGUCAUGACUGUUCCUGGGAUUAUAUCAGAUUUUGAUGAUGACAGCGUUAAUGUUGCUGACGAUCAAAAGUCUGAGUUGUCUGAGACAACUGUUUCAUCGGUGAAUCAGGAAAGGAGGAUCAUUGUGGCUAACCAGUUACCAGUCAAGGCUUAUAGGGAUGAAAGUAAGAAUGGACAAAAGUGGUGCUUUGAUUGGGACAAAGAUGCCUUGGUUUUGCAACUCAAGGAUGGAUUCCCUGCUGAUGUUGAAGUUGUUUAUGUCGGGUGUUUGAACGUGCCGGUUGAUCCGGUGGAGCAAGAAGAAGUCGCUCAACUACUGCUGGAUAAGUUUAGGUGUGUGCCUACUUUUUUACCAGUGGAUUUAAUGAACAAGUUUUAUCAUGGGUUUUGUAAGCAUUACCUUUGGCCUUUGUUUCACUAUAUGUUGCCUGUUACAUCUAGUUAUGGGGUCAGGUUUGAUAGGAGUAUGUGGCAGGCAUACGUGUCAGCAAAUAAGAUUUUUGCUGAUAAAGUGAUGGAGGUGAUCAAUCUCGACGAGGAUUAUGUGUGGAUACAUGAUUAUCACCUCAUGGUUUUGCCGACUUUUUUAAGGAAAAGGUUUCAUCGUUUAAAGCUUGGAUUUUUCUUGCAUAAUACUUUCCCAUCUUCUGAAAUUUUUAGGACAAUGCCUGUUAGGGAGGAGAUUUUGAGGGCCUUGUUGAACUGUGAUCUUAUUGGUUUUCAUACAUUUGAUUAUGCUAGGCAUUUCUUGUCUUGUUGUAGUAGAAUGUUGGGAUUGGAUUAUCAGUCAAAAAGGGGCUACAUUGGGCUUGAUUAUUAUGGUAGAACUGUGAGUAUUAAAAUCCUCCCUGUUGGUAUCCAUAUGGGACAGCUUGAGUCUGUCUUGUCACUGCCAGACACUGCCGAAAAGGUUAAGGAGCUGAGGGAAAAAUAUGAGGGGAAAAUUGUGAUGUUAGGGGUUGAUGAUAUGGAUAUGUUUAAGGGUAUUGGCUUGAAAUUUAUGGCUAUGGGACAGUUGUUAGAUUACCAUCCUAGAUAUAGGGGAAAGGUGGUCUUGGUUCAAAUUAUGAAUCCUGCGAGGAGUCAGGGCAAUGAUAUCCAAGAGGUUCAAAAUGAGAUCAGUAGAGUUGCUAGUGAAAUUAACCACCGGUACGGGGAGCCAGGAUAUGAGCCCAUUGUCUGUGUCAGUGGCUCAGUUUCAACCCAGGAUAAGGUUGCAUAUUAUGCUGUGUCUGAGUGUGUUGUGGUGAAUGCUGUAAGGGAUGGUAUGAAUUUGGUGCCUUAUAACUAUACAGUGUCUAGGCAGGGUAGCUCCUAUAUGGACAAGGCAUUGGGGCUUGAAUCUGCAGCACCUAGAAAGAGCGUAAUCAUUGUCUCAGAAUUCAUUGGAUGUUCUCCAUCUCUGAGUGGCGCAAUCCGGGUUAAUCCUUGGAACAUUGACAGUGUGGCUGAUGCAAUGCAUUUGGCAGUUACAAUGCCAGAUGCUGAGAAGGAAAUGCGCCAUGAAAAGCAUUAUAAGUACAUCAAAUCCCAUGAUGUAGCUUAUUGGGCUAGGAGUUUCAAUCAGGACCUCGAAAGAGCCUGUUCCGAGCAUUAUCUCAAGAGGUGUUGGGGCAUUGGCUUUGGUUUUGGUUUCAGGGUUGUUGCUUUGGGUCCUAAUUUCCGGAAGCUUUCUGUGGAGCAUAUUGUCUCUGCUUAUAACAGGACUUCAAGUCGGCUUAUACUGCUGGAUUAUGAUGGUACAGUGAUGCCUCAGGAUACAGUGGAUAAAAGUCCUAGUGAUGAAGUUAUUGCAGUCUUGAAUAGUUUGUGCAGUGAUCCAAAAAAUAUUGUGUUCAUUGUGAGUGGCAGAGGAAAAGAUUCUCUGAGCAAAUGGUUCUCUCCAUGUCAGAAGCUUGGUCUAUCUGCGGAACAUGGUUGCUUUACUCGGUGGACAAAGGAUUCCCCAUGGGAGUCUUGCAUAGAAGCGUUGGACUUAGACUGGAAGAAGAUAGCAUUACCUGUGAUGGAGCACUACACAGAAGCAACUGACGGUUCUUCCAUUGAGCAGAAGGAAAGUGCCAUCGUGUGGCACCACCAAGAAGCUGAUCCAGACUUUGGCACAUGGCAAGCAAAGGAGCUUCUUGAUCACUUGGAGGGCGUGCUCGCAAAUGAUCCCGUGGUGGUUAAAAGAGGCCAGCAUAUUGUUGAGGUGAAACCACAGGGCGUAAGCAAAGGUGUCGUCGUUGAGAAACUCAUUGCAACCAUGAGUGGUAGAGGAAAGCCUCCAGAUUUUGUGUUGUGCAUUGGGGAUGAUAGAUCAGAUGAAGACAUGUUUGAGAGCGUUGCUUGCUCGGUUGCCAAACAUUCCUUGCCUGAUAAAGCAGAAGUGUUUGCCUGCACUGUUGGCCAGAAACCAAGUAUGGCAAAAUACUAUCUUGAUGAUACUUCUGAAGUCAUCAAAAUGCUUCAAGGCGUCUCAGUGGCAUCAGCACAUCUGCUGCCAAAGCCCUCCCAUCAUCAGGUCUCAUUCGAACGACUUCUUUGAGGAUCGACCAGGGACUUGGAUGUCUAAAGUUCUGCUUUUCCUUGUGAAUUGCCUGUACAGGCACUCAUCUAGAGCUAGAGAAUACAGCUUUGUACAGAAAAAAGUACAUUCAAUUAGGUAAUCCUAAAGCCAAUAGCAGGAAAGUUAACCAUACUUGGAAAUCAAUUUUCCCAUCCUUCAAUGUGAUGAAAUGCACUAGCGUUGUGCUUGACCUGUAGGAAUUGACUUAUUAAUCUCUCUUCAGUCAAGUACUCCAUUUUUUUUUUCUGUUU